AUGGCAGCUUCGAUUACAACAUUUAGUGGAAGGAGAUGCACCGUGAUCCCAAGGACACAAUUCUUUACAACCACAUCGACGUCGGCUGCGACGGAAACUGGUGGUCUUCCUGACAUCUUGUCUUCUGUCAUCUUGUCUCCUAUCAGUACAUCAACCACUCAAGACAUACCUAGUACGAGCCUUAUUUCAACGCUUGUACAACCGACGGACUCAAACCCCGUAUCCAAUAUCACGUCACUGGUGACCACAGUGGUAUCCGCAUCUAGUACGAUUGCCGCUGCAGCGGCAACCUUUUUACCGGCGAUAACAUCCUCGGGCACUGAUCCCUCAGGCACAGACCCCUCGAGCAUAGAUCCCUCAAGCAUAGAUCCCUCAUCCACACAAACCUCAGACAACAACGCAGGAGAUUCCACUGGCAACACAUCGAAGAGAAAUGUCAUUGUGGCUGCGGUUGGUGCCUCUCUAGGUGCUAUGGCUGUCGUCGUAUUUGUUAUUCUUUGUGCAUACUUCCGCCGACGUAAACGACGGACAUCGACUCAGUUUAAUGACAGGGAGAGAGGUCCUGGUACCACGAGACGGUUUUCGGGGGUCACACAGAUGCUUGAUAGGUUCAGAUCAGGACCUGUAACAGCAUUUAUACCAGCUGUUGUCGGCAAAGUUCGAACAGUUUUAGCAAUGGUCCAAAAUAUUCGAUUUACGAACCGAAACACAGAUAACAACACACUUGAGCAAACGCAGUCUGACUCAAGAAGAGGAUUCUCCGUUGGUCGUCCGAUUCCACGAGAGAAUUCAAUGGAAAGAUCAAACGUAUUCUCGGCUCCACAGACAGUGUCACAACCCAACCCAUUCUCGGAUCCUCCUACGAACAAUGUAGUAGGAAACCGAAACAACACUCGGCCAGAGAAUCCAUUUGCCGAUCCCGCAGAUCCAUUCUCUCAUACGGAUUAUGAAGAUGAAAUUUCAUUUCCAAUGCCACUGACUAUACGGAACGGCGUCGUGGAGGACGACGAUAUUGAUGACAACGUCAACGGCGUUGAUAAUAGAGCCCGUCAUAGUGCACGAAGCACACUCAGCGGCUCAACUCUCAACAUACCCAGUAAUCGUGCUUCAUCGCCUCUGGUGCACGAAUUUUAUUCUCGACCGUUGACUUGGAAGUCAUUGGAUCGAAAAUCGAUGAAAACCGAAGAUCGAAGUAGUACCUAUAGCGACCCCUUUGAUCUGGAGAGACCGCCUACGAUUCACUCUUCGGCAUAUCCGACACCCAUGGUGGAACGACAAAAGUCUCAAAAAGGGGGAUAUUUCCCGGAGAUGAACUUCAAUUUCACACCAUAUGCUUCGUGA